CUUCCCACGACAACGAGCGAUUUGAUGCUCCACGAUGAGCCAGCAGCACGGCAGCCGACUCAUGGCAGAAUAAACGAGCACGACGCCGCCCCUAUCGUUGUACCAGACUUCGUCGAGCCUCCGAGAUUGAGCUCAAUUCCAGCAAAGCCUCAUGCCAAAAUCACCACGGGCUUCACGGAAGCAGGAGACCCUCAUCUCGACCUCGGCCUCGCAUCGCUGCCUGGGAAAAGCGGCAUAGACCUCGUGCAAUGGCAGCGGACAGCUACAUGCCUCGCACCAAUCAACGAUGUAGCCGCGUGGGGAAGAGUAAUGGAAACAUUCAUUCGGCAGCCGGAAGUCAAUAGCUCGAAUAUCCUCCGGGCGGACAUUCUCCUCGAUGAGAGGAUAGACUCAGCUUCGUUGUCCCAAGCGAGUGGGUCGAUUGGCAACAUCCCUCGCGGGAUACCCACACGUCGCAUCCCUCGUUGGACACCCACACGUCGCAUUCUCCGCCGUCUUUUACCACGUAGGCCGACUGGGAAUCCCGAGCUUGAGCAGCUCUGCACCUUCUACGAGGAUCGUGGGCACGACGGCAAGGUGAAGGGCAGUCUAGUCGUCUAUACUCCGGUGAUCGGUCCAGAAUGUCUCGAUGGAUCGACCCCGCCUACGAGCGAAAGCCUACACGCCUGGCUAGCAGCGUCUCGUAGCCCCUCUGGCCAGGACGAGAUGCCAUUCUACCACCCUCCGCUGCUCGCCCUCGCCUUCGCCUACGUGGGCAGCGACAAGCGGGACAGCGGCGGGACAGGCGCUUCGCUGCCACACCUCAGCAUCUCCGUUGUCCCCUUUCCUUCCACGCAACCCUCGCCCCUAUCCGAACGUCUCCUUCGAAUUUCCACAACCCUCCUCACCACCCUCCAUCGGCACAUCUGGGGCCAAUCACACUCGUACAAGCCCCGCGCAACGCACGACCAGCUCGUCCCAAAAGCCCUCUUCCAAGACGUUUACCUCAACCUCAAACAUCGAUGGGGGGAGUACCUCGUGAGGGAGUGGAGGGAGAACACACCUGCCGAGAAGCAUGUGCAUGAAGAUCUGGGUGUCGCAGCUUGGUUGAUGUGCUUUUGGAAGGUGCGAGGCGUGGGCGCCGUGGCGGCCGGUGCCGAAGGAGGGGAGAUUGGCCUCAACGACCGCCCUUGGCUGAUCGACUCUGCCGCUUGGCCUCGUCCCCGCGGCGGCUUCGUAGACGUUGGAUGUGGGAACGGCUUGCUGGUCUGGCUGCUCAACAAUGAGGGCUAUGAGGGGUUCGGCUUUGAUCUGCGAGAGCGCAAGUCGUGGGAGCUGUUCGGGCAAACUGUAGCCGUUGAGCAGAAUUACGCUUCCUCGCCACGACCAGCAUCAGGACCAGCAGAUCUGCGCGUCCACACUCUCAAUGCUCUCGAGUCAAUCUGGAGGGGGUACACCCGCGACUCUUCCUCUUCACCGCUGCCGGAUCUCUUCCCCCAGCACUGCUUCCUCAUAGGCAACCACGCCGAUGAGCUCACGCCUCUCCUCCCCUUCCUCGCAUCCUACGCCGUCGGACCCUCCUGUGCUGGCAUGCUGAACAUCCCCUGCUGCAAGUGGAAGCUGGAUGGAACGAGGUUUACGGGCGGCAAGUUCAAGGAGGCGCUCGGCCUGACUGGCGACGAGGAUAAUAGGGCCAAAAGAGAGGUGAGGGACGAGAUGCAAGCUAUCGCGCUGGCUUACGUCUCGCACUUGCACCUCCUCGCUGGUUGGCACGUAGAGAAGGAAGCGUUGCGCAUCCCGAGCACGCGCAAUUGGGCCGUAGUCGGUGUCAAGCGGGUUGAUCAAGGAUGCCCGAGUAGCGACAGAUGGGCGCAAAGGGAUGGCAAAGUGAGAGAAAUGCUCGAUCAAGCGAGGGGAAAGUGGAAAGCAAGAGAGGAGGCAGCUACGGUCCGGCGAGAGCACAAUGGAUCGCCCGUGCCGCUUAUCCACGAAGGAGAGGACGAGCACAACGUCGACGAAGACAUCAUCGACGCCACUCCAGCAUGCUACGCCCCAUGA